AUGGAUCAAGAUCAUUUCAAGCAUAUUCUAUGCGAAACGCAUAAGCUGCCAAUUAAUAGAAUAAUCAAAGAGAAAAAAGAAAAGUCUUCAAAAAGAGCUUUAUGUUUUAAAUGUGAUGGUUAAGGAGAAUCAAUAUUUAAAAUUUAUCAGAUUUUGGAUACCUUGUAAGUGAUCUUUUUACCCGUUCAUCAAACUUAUAACAAAUUUAGAAACAGAUUAUAAGCUCUUAAGUUAGAGAUUAAUAAAAUAAUUGAAAAAGUUUGCUCUUCUAUUGAAGGAACAAUUGAUUAAAGUGAAUUUGAGGUAUCUAAACUAGAGAAAUAUCUUAAUUAUCAAAAAAACUGUCGAGAGUUUACAUUAGAUGAUUUAGAGAUAAUAUCAGAUUUCAUUUAUAAUGGUGAACCAGAGGAAAACCCUCUUGUUAAAUCCACUAAAUUAGCACGCGAUUUCGAAAAAAACUGGAAAAAUCAAUUAGUUAUACUUUUUGAAACGAUAAUUAAAUUGAUAAAAGGGCCUGACUAUUCAUACAUCCCUUAGAUAGUGAAACAAAAUCCUUAAAGCGAAAAGAAAAAUGACUAAAUCAUAUCUUCUGUCUUACCAUUGAAUAUACCUUUAUAAUAGCCAUCAGAGUAAAGAUCAACAAUAUUUGGAAACAGUAGUUUAUCGUAUGUAAAAAAAAAGGAAUUUAAAACCAGUUUAGUGUCUGCAGCGAUUUUCAAUUCAAAUGGGAAUAUGUUAUUUUAAGGAUAAUAUCCAUACAACUGUUAGAAUUUGGAAAUCAAAUCAGUUGAGUAAAAUUUUGAUAUUAAAAAUCAAUAAGUUUAAUAAGAUUAUGAUGAAAAUAUGAAUUAACAAGCUACUGCAUUAACUUUCAAUGAAUCUAAUAAUUUACUAUUUGUUGGAUAUGAAAAUGGGAAUAUUUCGACUUAUUAAUAUACCAAUAACAUUUGGAAUAAAAAGGAUCACUGUAACGCACAUAAUGAUAGGAUAAAUUUUUUGAUUGCAAAUUAAAAGCACGCAUAGUUAAUUUCAGUAGUGGGAUAUGAAAGUAUUAAAUGCUUUCAUUAUUAAGACAGUAUUAAGCCAUCUCGUAAAGAAAUAGAUUCAAUUUAUAAAAUUAGUGAUGUAUAAAUAAAUAAAGAAUCUGAUUAUUUGUUUGCUAUUGGAGAUGGCGAGUUACAUAUUUUUAAUAAUUCCUAAGACUAUUUUUCUUAAUUUUAAAAGAUAUCUUUAGAAAAUUAGAAGAUAACUUGUAUAACUACCACAAGAAAGUAAAUUUAUAUCGGAUCAGAUUUUGGAAAUAUAUAUAUCUAUGAACAGAACAACAACAACCUGUUUGAGUAAGUUUGUACAAGUAAUUUAAUAUAAAAAAAUUUGUCAUAAAUAAAGUAUAAUGAAGAGAACAAAUUAUUAAUAGUUCUUUUAGAUAAUUAGGUGAGUAUUCAUUAAAAAAGGUCAGACAAUUAGUUUGUUCAAAUACAAGAAAUUACUGGAGAAUAUUCUCUUAUUUGCUUCUAAAACAAUUAGAAAUCUUCUCAAAUUAUCUUGUAUUGCUAAGAUCAAUAUAUGGCAUUUCAUUACAUAAUGCAAAGAAAUUGA